AUGAGCCGCUUUACUCGCGCAAAGCCGACGACUGCAACAAAAAGGGUCCCUCACUUGUAUGAUCUGGUCGUUACCCAUCGCAGAUCCUCUGACAUCAGAUCUUUUUGGUGGCCCGCUGGUGCUGCCCGGAUCGGCAAGAACGCGGUCCUGCAGCGCAUCGUCCUUGGCAGCUCCAAGGCCCUGAUGCUUGCAGCUGUCCGUCUGCCCUGGCCCGAGCGCCUGGCCGGGGAGUCAACUCGCCCAUGGCCAUGGGAGGAGCAAAAGGAGCCAGCAGGCGAAGCAGUGCAGCCCUUCGUCCGUAUCACUCAGUACAUGGCGUAUGAUGGAUUGGCGACCCUGGCAUGCAGCCCGCACGAGUACCUGCUGACGGCGACGCAAAAUGCCUCAGGUGAAGUGCUGGUCUUCCGCGCGGCGGACUGGGAGGUCGCCUAUCAGGAUGAAUGCCGACCCGAGCUCCGGCUAUCGGGAGAAGGAGGCCCAUCUGGCCUGGCUUGGACAGAAAGCUCUUCCCGGCUGCUUGCUGCGAAUCCUGGAGGCGUCACUUGGUGGGACAUCCAAACAGCUUCUGCAACGGCAAGAUUUGCUGCAGGCCGUGAGGUGACGGCCCUGGCCGCAAGUUCGCUCGGAAACACGUUCAUUGUCGGUUGCAGUGGGGGCCGUUUGGCCUGGUGGGACACGCGAGUCCAAGGGCUGGCGCCGACUGGAUCCUGCGACACCCGUCACGGGCCGGUGCGGUGCGCCGGGUUCGCUGAUGCGGAACCUGGUUCAAACCAAUUGGCCACAGGAAGCGCUGAUGGUCACCUGCAAACUUGGGAUGCAAGGCAGCUAAGAGCUCCGCUGUGCGAUCUGAGCUGGCCAGGGAGUGCUUGCGGCGGCGUCGGACAUGUUGCGUGGGCUCCUUCCGGUAAUCGAAUGCUGGCAGCAGCCUGUGGAGAUGGUCGGGUGGUGCUUUGGGACGCGGCGCAGAGCGCGGAAACGGAACCGCCAAUCUCUGGGAGCCAGUGGGAGCCCCCUGAAGCGAAGUUUGUUCAUGGAGCACAUUCCGGACAAGACGUCUGCGGUCUCGCUUGGAGUCGAGACUGUCCAUGGCUGCUCGCCUCUGCCGUGAGGGAGGAUCUCCAGUUUUGGCGCCCGGCCGCAGCGCUUUUUUGA